AUGGCCUGGACCGUGGCGGCGGCGGGGAGCCGCGGGGCCCGCGGCGCGCUCUCGGCGCACACGCUCCUGUUCGACAUGCCGCCCGCGCUGCUGGGCGAGUUCUGCGCUGUGCUGGACAGCUGCGACGGCGCGCUCGGCUGGCGCGGCCUCGCGGAGCGACUUUCAAGCAGCUGGCUGGAUGUUCGUCACAUUGAAAAAUAUGUAGACCAGGGUAAAAGUGGAACAAGAGAAUUACUUUGGUCCUGGGCACAGAAAAACAAGACUAUUGGUGACCUUUUACAGAUUCUCCAGGAGAUGGGGCAUCAUCGAGCUAUCCAUUUAAUUGCAACUUAUGGGGCAGCCUUGAAUCCUUCAGAGCAGAGUCAUCAGGGAAAAGGAUUUCCGAUCAUGUUAUCCAAGGAAACAGCUAGUGUCACAGCGGAUAAUGUUCUUAUUCCUGAACAUAAUGAAAAAGGAAUAUUGUUUAAAUCCUCCAUCAGCUUUCACAACGUCAUAGAAGGAACCAGAAAUUUCCACAAAGACUUUUUAAUCGGAGAAGGGGAAAUUUUUGAGGUAUACAGAGUGGAAAUCCAAAACCGAACAUAUGCCAUUAAAUUAUUUAAACAGGGGAAAACAAUGCAAUGUAAGAAACAAUGGAAGAGCUUUUUAUCUGAGCUUGAAGUUUUACUGCUGUUCCAACAUCCAAACAUAUUGGAGUUGGCUGCAUAUUUUACAGAGAGUGAGAAGUUUUGCCUGGUUUAUCCGUAUAUGAGAAAUGGAUCACUUUUUGACAGAUUACAGUGUGUAGGUGACACAGCCCCACUCUCUUGGCACAUUCGAAUCAGUAUAUUAAUAGGAACAACCAAAGCCGUUCAGUACUUGCACAACACGGAACCGUGCUCCGUCAUCUGUGGCAGUAUAUCAAGUGCAAACAUACUUCUGGAUGAUCAGUUUCAACCCAAACUAACUGAUUUUGCCAUGGCACACAUCCGACCCCACCUAGAACCUCAGAGCUCUGUCCUAAGCAUGACCAGCAGCAGCAGUAAGCAUUUGUGGUACUUGCCAGAAGAGUAUAUCAGACAGGGCAAACUUUCUGUUAAAACAGACGUCUACAGCUUUGGAAUUGUAAUAAUGGAAGUUCUGACAGGUUGUAAAGUGGUGUUAGAUGAGCCAAAGCAUAUCCAGCUGAGGGAUCUCCUUAUAGAAUUGCUGGAGAAGAGAGGCCUCGAUUCAUGUAUCUCAUUUCUAGAUAAGAAAGUACAUCCCUGUCCUCGGAAUUUUUCCGCCAAGCUGUUCUCUUUGGCAGGCCAGUGUGCUGCAACACGGGCAAAAUUAAGACCCUCGAUGGAUGAAGUCCUAACUGUUCUUGAAAGUACUCAAGCCAGCUUGUAUUUUGCGGAAGAUCCUCCCACAUCCUUGAAGUCCUUCAGGAGUCCUUCUCCUCUGUUCUUCCAUAAUGUACCAAGUAUUCCAGUGGAAGAUGAUGAAAACCAGAAUAAUCCAUCGCUGCCUCAUGAUAAAGGUUGGAGAAAAGGGAGAACGACUCAGAAAACUCCCUUUGAAUGCAGCCAGUCUGAGGUUACAUUCCUGGGCUUUGACAGAAAGACAGGGAGUGGGAGGAAUGAGGACACUAGCAAUGUGCCCAGUUCUGCUUGUGAAGAAAGUUGGUCUCCAAAGCCUGCAGCUCCAUCCCAGGAUGUGAGGGCCUCUGGUGUGAAUAGGGACCCUUCUGCGGAAGUUCCAGGGCAUUCCUACAGGAGCAUGCCAGUGGAGGCCAGCUGUUCCUCUGAAUUUUCCUGGAAUGAAUGUGAACAGUGCAAAAAGGCAUCAGUUUCACCAGAAGAUAAAGAAGAAAGCAAGUAUUGCUGAGGCACCUGAGUACAGGUCUCAUCUUGGGAAGACAUUGUCUUUAUUGGUAGCGCCAAGAGGAUGAUUGAUGGUGAAUUUGGGUAAUGCAGAUCAAUGAUCGGAACAAUUCUAUUUCAUUCCUUCCAACUUGUAGAACAGAGUGGCUUAAAGUUUUGUUUUAGCACGAUCAUUGCCUCAUGAUCAAACCUGGACUAAAUUAGAACCAUUCAGAAUUACUUAAGAUUGUAGACUGUGACUUCAGACAAACAAAAGAAUCAAAACCUACCAAAAUGGAAGUGGAUUCCAGUGUCUUCUCCCUCAGCAUCCACGUGACUCCUCAGAGCCUCCAGUCUGCCAGGUACAUUCAGUUCAGUUGGAUUCCAUUGUUUUGGUUUAGCUUGCUUGCGAAGGUCGUCAGAAACGUCUAACUUGUAAAUGUUAAUAGAUACCAUACCUUUUUAAAGAAUUGCCUUUUUGCUUAUUUCAAUCAACUCUUAGUAUAUUUCUGUUCAUCCCUGUCAAGUCUGCCUAUCUGAACAUGAGCCAUGACAUGCCCAAGAUCUGUAUUUCUGUAUUUAAACUCUUAAGAUAGUUUAUCUCCUAUAAUAUUGACAAUUAUUACAAUUUUUUUUACAUAGAGACUAUUAUAUCCUGAAUAGAAUGUAUGAAAUUUUAAUCAAGCCAUUUUUGUUCCAAGAAAAUGGCUGGUCAUAAAGGCCUAGGUCAGUUUUUUCUUUGAUUCCAACUCUGUGCCUUUACUGCUGGUGUUUACUAGAUCUCCCCCGUCUGAAAUCCUACCCAAUCUUUCAGGGCCCACCAUAACUGCCAUCCUCCAGGAAGCUUUCCUAAUCUUUCCAGCCAAUAGUAAUCACUUUAUCAGCACUUCCAUAGCAAUUUCUUUUUUUUUUCCAUUUUUAAAGAUUUUUAAUUGAAGUACAGUUGAUUUACAGUGUUGUGUUAGUUUCUGGUGUACAGCAAAAUGAUUCAGUUAGACGCAUAUAUACAUAUUCUUUUUCAUGUUCUUUUCCAUUAUGGUUUAUUACAGAAAAUUGAAUAUAGUUCCCUGUGCUAUUCAGUAGGACCUUGUUGUUUAUUUUAUAUAUAGUAGUUCGUAUCGGCUAAUCCCAAACUCCUAAUUGACCCCCUCUUUCCCCUUUGAUAACAGUGUUUGUUUUCUGUGUCUGUGAAUCUGUUUAUGUUUUGUAAGUAAGUUCAUUUGUAUCAUCUGUAGCAAUGUCUCUGUAUUUGUUUUAUAUUUGUCACUUUCUGAAUUAUAUCCAAGUUGCCUGUGCUAUCAUAUCUCUCUUCCUAGAUGGUAAACUCCUGUAUUAGUUUCCUACUGUCGCUGUAACAAAUUAUCACAAGCUUAGUGGCUUAAAACAACAUAAAGUAAUUAUUUUACAGUUCUAGAGGUCAGAAGUCCUUGGCAUUCCUUCUGAAGGCUCUAGGGGAGAAAUCGUUCCCUUGCCUUUUCUAGCUUCUAGACACUGUAUGCAUUCUUUGGUUCAUGGCUUCUUCCUCUAUCCUCAAAGCCAGCAACAUGACAUCUUUAAAUCUAGAUCUCUCUCUGAACUCUUUUUCAUCACCACUUCCUCUUUCUUUGGCCCUCCAAAGGAUCCUUGUGAUUGCAUGGGGCCCACUCAGAUAAUACAGGAAAACCUCUGCAUCUUAAGAGCCUUAAUUUAAUCACACCUGCAAUGUCCCUUUUCUCCUCUAAAGUCAUAUAUUCACAGGUUUCUGGAAUUAGGACAUGGACAUCUGUGGGGCCAUUACUCUGUCUGUCACAUUCCCUGACUGUGUAGGGUCCAUCUCUUCAGGGCCUAGCAUGUUACCCUAUACAGAGCAGGUGUUUCCUUAUAAGUUAAAUUGAGUUACAUUAUCUCUGUGAACCCACAUAAUCAAAAAUUCAGCUAUAAUAAACAUUCCGGAGUAAAUGAACAAAGUGGGGAUAAUGACUGUCUUUAUGAUGAUGGACAGAAGCACUCCAC